AUGAUCACCGAGCCGGCUGAAAAAAUAUACUCAACUGAGUACGACCCGCUUAAGGUAGAAGAGACCGGCGAGCUUGAUGAGAAACACCUUCAGCUGCUCAAAGACAUGGGCGCAUUUGGAGUCAUGAACAUCUUCACUGGGGAAGCCAAAGUGCAAAACUUCUUCCCCUACCCCAAAGUGCUGUCUGCCGAAGAGUUUAGCUUUGUGGAAAUGAUCACCGAGCCGGCUGAAAAAAUAUACUCAACUGAGUACGACCCGCUUAAGGUAGAAGAGACCGGCGAGCUUGAUGAGAAGCACCUUCAGCUGCUCAAAGACAUGGGCGCAUUUGGAGUCAUGGUACCGCCAGAGUACGGGGGCAUGGGACUCAACAAUACGCAGUAUGCUCGUCUGGGCGAGGUGACCGUUGGCUUUGACCUGGGAAUCACCAUCUUCCUGGGCGCCCACCAGUCUAUUGGCUACAAGGGACUGCUGCUCUACGGAAACAAGGAACAGAAGGAAAGAUACCUGCCGGAACUGGCCAGCGGCUCGAAGAUUGCCGCCUUUGCACUGACUGAGCCGUCAGCCGGCUCAGACGCUAGUGGCAUCAAAUCACGAGCAGUCCUUUCCGAAGACGGCAAAACGUGGACUCUCAAUGGCUCAAAGAUUUACAUCAGCAACGGCGGCAUUGCCGACUACUUCACCGUCUUUGCGCAGACCGCCGUGCGGAGUUCCAGUGGUGAAAUGAAGGACAAGGUGACCGCCUUCUGGGUGCCCAGAACCGAGGGCGUCAGCAAUGGUCCUGCCAUGAAAAAGAUGGGCAUUAACGCCUCAAACACGACCGAAGUUUUCUACGAUAAUGUGAAAGUGCCUUCAGAGAAUGUAAUUGGUCAAGUUGGCGAUGGCUUCAAGGUGGCCAUGAACAUCCUCAACAAUGGCCGCUACGGCAUGGUCUGCGGCCUGUCGGGCACCAUGCGCCGAGCCAUUGCAAUGGCCACUGCCCACGCACAGAACCGAUCUCAGUUCGGCAACAAACUGGCCUCAUUCACUGGCAUUCAGGAGAAGAUUGCGGAGAUGUCGAUGAAGCACUACGUGACACAGUCGAUGGCCUACAUGAUCAGUGGCCUAAUGGACAACGGAGUGAAGGACUACCACCUUGAAGCUGCACUCUCAAAGAUUUACGCGUCUGAAGCUGCUUGGUACGUGGUCGACGAGACGCUUCAAAUAUUCGGCGGUCAGGGAUACAUGCGGGAAAUGGGAAUCGAAAAGAUGCUCCGAGAUGUUCGAAUUUUCCGCAUCUUUGAGGGAACCAAUGAAAUUCUGCGUCUCUUUGUGGCACUGACUGGUAUGCAGUACGUCGGUGGGCAUUUGCGAGAGAUCCAGCGCGCCAUGAAGAACCCAGUGGGAAACUUGGGCAUGAUCUUCAAUGAGGGCACCCGUCGAAUUAAGCGCUCAGUAGGCCUAGAGACACCUGAUAUUGCUCAAUACGUUCACCCUGAGUUCCACCCAGAAGCACAGCAACUGGCGAAAAAUAUUUUGACUUUUAGCUCUUCGGUGGAGCACCUUCUCAUCAAGUACACACAGGGCAUUAUCCACGAGCAAAUGCUCUUGAACCGACUGUCCAAUGCGGCCAUUGAUAUCUACACAUCACUGGUGGUUCUCUCGCGUGUCACUCGAGCGCUGGAAAAGAAUGUACUCAGUGCAGAAAUUGAGAAGAAUAUGGCUAAAGUUAUUUGCUCAGAG